AGCAAUGUCUUCUUACACAGUACCGCUCACAACGUUACUUACUAUACAUCACAUGUGGUCAGUCAUUCAUGUGUGAACAUACCCUCUUCAUAUAUAGUAAGUAAAUCGGACAUCACCGCGUGUCUACGAUAUCACUCUUGGUGGAAGUGAACGUAAAACUCCCGCAGUCCAAGAUACAACUGUAUUGCCUCCAUAUCAACAAUAACAGACACUUACCAGGUUUAUAUAUAGUAAGCCAACUAAACAACACCCCGUGUCAUAUCAACGAUUACAAACACCUCCCAGAUUCGACGAUUUAAAAAAUAGAAGUCAUAAUGGGGAAGAAAUACGUCUACCAUUAUUUUAAUAUUAGAGGAAGAGGCGAAACUCCAAGACUUAUUUUUGCCGCUGCUGGAGUUGAAUAUACAGAUAACAGAAUUGAAUUUUCUGAGUGGCCUAAAUUAAAAGGAUCAUAUCCUCUGGGAGCCUUACCAGUUUUUGAAGAAGAUGGGCAACAAUUUCCAGAAAGUAUUGCCAUUUCCAGAUAUCUAGCCAAUGAAUUCGGAUUAGCUGGUAACUCAAAUCUAGAAAAAUUAAAGAUCGAUGUUAUAGUAGACUUGCUCGUAGCAAUCAGAGAAUCUGUUGUCGCACGGUAUUUUGAAAAAGAUGAAGCUAAAAAAGCCGACAUUCUGAGGAAGUGCGUAGAGGAACAAAUACCAAAAUCCUUUGCAUAUAUAAAACAAUGUUUGGUUGAAAAUUCGGAUGGCAGAGGAUUUCUUGUCGGCGAAAGGUUGUCCUGGGCUGAUUUGGCAUUGUUAGAUUUAGGUGAUAUGCUCCAUGGAUUUGAAGUUUUAAAAGACUUAUGCAACUACCCUGAAAUCAAGGCUCUUAAAGAAAGGGUUGAAGCCGUACCUAACAUAGCAGCAUAUCUAAACACGCGACACGUUACACCCCGUUAAAAUAAUAAAUGAACCCCUUUGAUUCGGGUAAAACAAA